GGCCCCAUGGAUCGUUUCCACACCUGUCUGGAUGGUCGUGCCGAACGACGUCGUGUCAUCCUAAUCUUAAUCGCGACGUCAUCUUCUUUCUAUAAAUGUGAAAAAUUUUCAAGUUUAUGUAGAAACGUAAACAAGUAAAAAAUGAAGUCUUCUUCUUCUUCUUCAAGGGGCGAUCGGAGGUUGAGUAUCCUUUCUGGUCAUCUGGCCCCCAGAACGAUCGAUAAAGAAGGCAGCGGCAUCUUUUGUUCCCCUACUUCUGCUGCCGAUUCCGUCUUCGCCAACGUCCUUCGUGCUCCAGAAGAUCCGAUUCUCGGGGUUACAAUUGCAUAUAACAAAGACCCGAGCCCUGUCAAGCUCAAUUUGGGUGUUGGUGCUUAUCGCACAGAGGAAGGAAAACCUCUAGUAUUAAAUGUCGUCAGACAAGCAGAGAAGCUUCUGGUUAAUGACAGGUCUCGUGUCAAGGAGUAUCUCCCCAUUGUUGGAUUGGCAGAUUUUAACAAAUUAAGUGCAAAACUUAUACUCGGAGCUGACAGUCCUGCUAUCCUGGGAAACCUGGUAACUACGGUUCAGUGUUUGUCUGGUACUGGGUCAUUGCGAGUUGGAGCUGAGUUUCUGGCCAGACACUAUUACCAACGUACUAUAUAUAUACCAAAUCCAACAUGGGGUAACCAUGGGAAAAUAUUCACUCUUGCUGGUUUGACCGUGAAAACAUACCGCUACUAUGAUCCCGUAACUCGUGGACUAAACAUCCAAGGCUUACUGGAAGACCUCGGGUCUGCUCCAUCAGGAGCAAUUGUGCUUCUACAUGCUUGUGCUCAUAAUCCCACUGGUGUUGAUCCGACACUUGAGCAAUGGGAGCAAAUUAGAAGAUUGAUUAGAUCCAAAAGUUUGUUACCAUUUUUUGAUAGUGCAUAUCAGGGUUUUGCAAGUGGAAGUCUGGAUGAAGACGCUCGAUCUGUCAGAAUGUUUGUCGCUGAUGGUGGUGAAUGUUUUAUAGCUCAAAGUUAUGCAAAGAAUAUGGGCCUUUAUGGUGAAAGGGUUGGUGCAUUGAGCAUUGUUUGCAGGACUGCUGAUGUGGCAAGUCGGGUAGAGAGCCAACUGAAACUUGUAAUAAGGCCCAUGUACUCAAAUCCACCUAUUCACGGUGCUUCAAUUGUCUCUACGAUCCUCAAAGACAGAAACCUGUACCAAGAAUGGACCCUUGAACUGAAGGCAAUGGCUGACCGUAUUAUUACCAUGCGCAAGCAGCUUUUUGACGCUUUACGUGCUAGAGAGACACCUGGCGAUUGGAGCCACAUUAUAAAGCAAAUAGGGAUGUUUACUUUCACAGGGCUUAAUACUAAGCAAGUGACCUUCAUGACUAGAGAAUACCAUAUCUACAUGACAUCUGAUGGGCGAAUCAGCAUGGCGGGUUUAAGCUCGAGGACGAUCCCUCACCUUGCAGAUGCGAUACACGCUGCAGUAACUACUAUCGUUUAAGUGCUUUAUUACUUGCAACUAUAUUCUUUCUAUUUGUAUUCCCUAAUACUUCCGUUGUAAUAAUGGAUUGAUAAUAAUCACAAUUGUGCAAUGUUUUCAGAACCGGA